AAAGGAAAAGACUUUGGAUUUUUCCCCAGAGAUGCAGUCCAGGAACAAGAGGUGUUCAUACAUGAAGAAGCUGAAAUAUCAGCUAAAGAAUCUGACUUUCUUUGUCUUCAUGGAGAGAGCUAUAUAUUUGAAAGUGAAGAUAGUGAGUUAAACAGCGGCAAUGGUGAAAAAAUGUAUUCAUAUAAAGAAGAUGGAGACCAAAAAUAUAGUACAUUUGCAAGUGGUUUCCUAAGACAGUCUGGAUUUUAUGAAACUUCUGCAAGUACUGUACUUCCAGACCAAUUUGUAGCAUCAGAGGCUCCUGGAAAAAUCCCAAGUGCCAGUGAGCCAAGAGAUUGGGAAGAAGUGGCAGCUGGAAGGGGGCAGGACCAGAUUGCAGAAGUGGAAGGUGUCGUGACCUCCUCCACCCUGCCUGAAGGAAGAGAACAGUUUGGACUGGGAGAAGAACAAAUUGAAGACAAGGCUUUUGAACCAGUUAUUGAAUCUGUACAUGAAAACUCUUUUCAAAGUAGAAAAUUAGCAGUGGAAGAUGGAAACGAUCUGGAGGAAUCACACAAUGCUGAGUCCCAAACAGAACAUGCCUCAGAACCUGAAUCUGAAUUGGAUUCAGAGCCACCCCAUCUCGUUUCAAUGACACAGGAAGACUCAGAACAAGCUGCAGAGCUAGAGCACACUCUCAAAUCUCAAGCCACUGGCUGGUUUGGUGGUGGAUUUACAAGUUAUUUAGGUUUUGGAGAGGAGAGUACAGAACUUGAGUUAUUGUCCAAAGAAAGCCAUCCACUACUCCAAGAUAUUCCUGAUGCUAAAUCAUCAGAGGAAGAUGCCACUGUUCCAUGGACAGAAAUAACAACAGGGAAAGAGGACACAAUCAUGAACGACAGCUCCACUCAAAAGUCAAGUUGGUUUGAUUUUGGUUUUGGCAUGCUAGGCUUUGUAUAUGCUGAUGAAGAGAAAAUGAUAACAGAUGAUGGACAAAACAGUGAUAGUGGGCUAGAUAAACACAAACAUCCUCCAGCCAGUGAUUCUGAGCCUGAUAAAGAACAGGAAAUAAACAUAAUCAAAGUGAUGGAAGCAGAAGAUCAAAUACACAAGGAAGGAGUCUUAGAGGAAACAGAUGAUUCUGAUGACACACUAUAUUUGAAGAAAAUCUUACAUAAUUUUGAUAACCCCUGGAGGUUCCAGAACACUCGAGAAGCAGAAUUGCCAUAUUCAAAUCAGAUACUGGAUGAAAAUAAUAAAGGUGAAAAUGAUGGAAUGCAAGAGUCUUCAAUUGAAAAUCAUGCCACAGAUGACACGGAAGAAUCCAUGCUACUGAGAAGCAGUCACCGUUGGUCAGACUUACCUGAGAGAAUACCUGAAAAAACACAUGGCCAAACCUCAUCUUGUAAAAAUGCUGAACAACUAACAUCAUUGGGAGACCUUGAAGUGUCUGAGCAGGGGGAAACAGAUACAUCUGUGGAAAACUUUAUCCAAAGCAGCCAGGUGGCUUCCCUUGAUAAUGCUUUAUCUUUGCAAAACCACAUUCUCCAGAAAGAUGAUGUUACAGGGUUUCGGGUUCUGAAGUACUUAUUUCAAAUUGACAUUUACAAUCUCAUGAAUUCUGCAUUUUCAUCAGUUAUCAUGUUGCUAGAAAGGGUAAGCUGGCUUUACAAUUUUGUUUAGCAAUAAUUUUACUUGUUUUAUUAAGUAGAAGAGUGAUUUCAACAUAUGCUUGUGUAGAUUUAUCCUAUAUAAACUUCUUACAAUAUUGGUUUCUCUUUGAAAUCUUACAUGCACACAGUUUCUUUCUUUCUCUUUCUUUCUGUCUCUCUCUCUCUUUCUU